GGGGAGAGGAACGGCAGCGAGAUGGACGCAGGGACGGGCCGAGCGCAGGACCCUCCUCCGGGCUCCCUCCGGGUCGACCUGAAUGUUUAUUUUCUUUUUUUUCUUUUUUUUCUUUUUUUUUAAUCGUUCGGAAGAACAAAGACUUCGGGCCGGGGUCGGUGCUUGUUUUGCUGGGGAUGGGGGGGGGGAUGGAGGCCGGAGCCGUCGGCCCGAAGCCCCGCGUCGCCCUGGCCACGCUGCCGAGACCUCGCCUUGCAACUUGGAAGAGGAAAGAAGGGGGGGAAAAGGAGAAAAACAAAACAGAAAACAUAUAACAAAAUAAAAUAUGGUGACGUCACUUGGAGCUGGGGUGCCUUCCCCGCUGCCUGUCAGACGUGCCUGAAAAGAACAGGGCAAUAAAACAACAGCCGCCUCUGUCUCCCUCGUUAAACACGGCGCUAAUUGGAUGUUAAUUCCUCCUUGCUCUUCUCGCUGCUCGAUUGUGAGGACUCUGCCUCGCUCUCCCUCUCGUGCUUUCUUUCUUUCCUGUUGCGAUGCUCUGGGCGGCUCGGAGGGACCCCGGACUGGAAUAACUCAGGAGUGCCGCAUGGAUGAGGCCGUGGGGUUUGGAACCGGGGCGGGCGAGAUGGAUCCCGAGAGCUGCGCUCGCCUCCCGCCCCCCAUGCAUUGUCCUGCUGGCUUGGAGCUGCUCUGGCCCCAUUUUUCAUCCUUCCGUGUUGGGUCCGGCAUAAAAAAAAUAUAUAUUUUAUAUAUAUAUAUAUGGUCAAAAAAAAAAAAAAAAAAGAAAAAAAGAAAAAAGCAUGAUUCAAUGACGACAAACCCCCAAACCUCCUCCCAGCUCCCCCCGUCUCGCCGCACACCGCGUGGAAACAGGCGUUGGAGGGAGCCGGAGCAGGAAGUUGUUGUGCUCGGUGUUGCCCAGGUCAUCCUUCACGGGUACGUGUGCAAGAGCGGCGGCGCGUGGGGCGGCCCCGUGGGCAACAGCGUGGGGCAACGCCGGGCCUCGGGGGGCAGAGCGGGUGGGGAGAGGAGGGAGGGGAGGGAGCGGCGGCGGCGGCUGCUGGGGGGAGCCAUGUGGGAGUCGAGUCCUACCUGGGAGCCGUGCCAACUUCCUGCAAAGGGUUACAGCCCCGCAGCUCCCAGAGCCCACCAGAGGCGAGUUGGCUCUUGUCACGCAUCCAAGGCGAGAGGAAGACAGCGGGAACGGAACAGGUACCGCCAACGCCGAGCGGCCUCGUUCGCCCCCCGAAGCUCGGCCGCUUGUUUUGAUUUAAAGCCGCCCGAAGGGAAGGCCCCGCACGAGGCCGACGGGUGCCAAGGGUGGGGUGGACGGGGCCGGGGGUACGCGUGCAUGCGAGGAAGGGGGGCCGGGGGGGUGGGGGGGGGAUGCUGGCACCGCUCGCUCCUCGCCGUUUGGAUUAACAUGCGGGAGAUGCGCCUGUCACUUUGCUUACUGUCAGCGCCUGCUCGGGGAUGGGUGACGGCUUUGUUCGGGGUUGCCGUGCCAAGGCGGGCUUGGCAGCAGCUCCCCCGGAGGGCUGCGGGGUGCACGGCCGCCCCUCGGCCCCUGGUGCGGGCGAGAUGA